AAGCUUGACAAACUCUGUGACCCUGUUGAAAGGGAAAUUAUAAUUCUGGGGGCAAAGAAUGAUAAAGCUGUACAUCUGGCCCAGGCAAGUUUCCAGAUUGAGGCCUUUGGCUCCAAAUUCAUCCUAGACCUCACACUGAAUAAUGACUUGUUAUCUUCCAAUUAUGUGGAGAUUCACUAUGAAGAUGGAAAACCAAAGUUUUCUAAGGGGGGAGAGCAUUGUUACUACCAUGGAAAUAUCAGAGGUAUCAAGGAUUCCAAAGUUGCUGUUUCAACUUGUAAUGGACUUCAUGGCAUGUUUGAAGAUAGUACUUAUUUGUACUUGAUAGAACCAAUGGAUCUGAUCCACAGUGAAGAAAGUAAAAGUAGGCCACAUAUCAUCCAAAGAACUUAUGGAACACAAGCCUUCAAGCAGUUGCAGGACCUUGAGACUGACUCUAGUUCUGAAUGGCCCUUUCUGUCUGAACUGCAGUGGCUGAGGAGAAAGAGAAGAAAGAGAGCAAUAUCUCGUGGUGUCUUUGAAGAAAUGAAAUACUUGGAGCUCAUGAUAGUCAAUGACCAUAAAAUGUUCAAAAGGCACCGUUCUUCAAAUGCAUACACAAACAAUUUUGCAAAGUCUGUGGUAAACCUUGUAGAUGCUAUAUACAAGGAACAGCUGAACACGAGGGUGGUUCUUGUUGCUGUGGAAACUUGGACAGACAGAGAUCGUAUUAAUAUUCGCCCUGACCCUCUGCAGAUGCUUCAUGAUUUCUCCAAGUACCGACAGCACUACAUCAAACAGCAUGCGGAUGCUGUGCACCUGCUCUCGAAUGUGACAUUUCACUACAAAAGAAGCAGCUUAAGUUACUUUGGAGGGGUUUGCUCUGUGGCCAGAGGAGUGGGAGUGAAUGAGUAUGGCCUCCCUUUGCCCAUGGCACAGGAACUGGCACAAAGUCUUGCUCAGAACCUUGGAAUACAAUGGGAGCCAGCUACCAGGAAACCGAAGUGUGACUGCACUGAAACCUGGGGUGGUUGCAUCAUGGAGGAAACAGGGGUAUACCAUCCCAGAAAAUUCUCCAAAUGCAGCAUUGCAGAAUACAAAGAAUUUUUGCUUCGUGGGGGAGGUGCUUGUCUUUUUAACAGGCCAACAAAGCUCUUUGAAACCACAGAGUGUGGAAAUGGAUAUGUAGAAGCGGGAGAAGAAUGCGAUUGUGGUUUCCGAAUGGAAUGCUAUGCAGACUGUUGUAAGAAGUGCUCUCUUUCUAAUGGAGCUCAUUGUAGUGAUGGACCCUGCUGUAAUACAUCGUGUCUUUUUUUCCCACGAGGUUAUGACUGUCGAUAUGCAGUGAAUGAGUGUGAUAUUGCAGAGUUCUGCACUGGAGAUUCUGGACAGUGUCCACCAAAUCUUCAUAAGCAAGAUGGGUAUGCCUGUGAUUCUAAUCAGGGUCGUUGCUAUAACGGUGAAUGCAAGACAAGAGAUAAUCAGUGCAAAUACAUCUGGGGAUCUAAGUCUUCAGGAUCUGACAAAUUUUGUUAUGAAAAGCUUAAUACUGAAGGCACAACAAAAGGAAACUGUGGAAAGGAUGGAGAUCGAUGGAUUCAGUGCAGCAAACAUGAUGUUUUCUGUGGCUUUUUGCUCUGUACUAAUCUUACUAGAGUUCCACGAGUUGGUCAAGUUCAAGGAGAAAUUAUCCCAAAUUCUUUUUAUCAUCAAGGACGCAUAGUGGACUGCAGUGGUGCUCAUGUUCUUUUAGAUGAUGAUACAGAUUUAGGUUACGUGGAGGAUGGAGCUCCAUGUGGACCCCAAAUGAUGUGUCUGGACAAAAAGUGCCUGCCAAUUCAGUCCUUGAACAUAAGCAGCUGUCCCAUUGGUUCUAAUGGAAAAGUCUGUUCUGGUCAUGGGGUUUGCAGUAAUGAAGCCACUUGCAUUUGUAAUUUCUCCUGGGCUGGGACAGAUUGCAGCAUUGAUGAUCCUGUCAGGGAUACUGGUACCAAGAAGGAAGAAGGACCCAAGGGUCCUAGUGCCACCAAUCUUAUAAUAGGCUCCAUCGCUGGUGCCAUCCUGGUAGCAGCUAUUGUCCUUGGGGGGACAGGAUGGGGCUUUAAAAAUGUCAAAAAACGAAGGUUCGAUCCAAGUCAACAAGGCCCUAUCUGA